GAUUUUCAUGGGACUGAAGACAAUACUACUGUAUACACUAGUAGCGACACCUCACGGUGGAAAAAUGAUGUUCAUAAUCUGGAUUGGUGGACUAUAUGCUACGUUUCCUGUUGAAUUAGUGUGCAUUUCUGCCACUGUUGCUGAAGUAUUUGGGAAGAAACACACAGCUAUGAUUUAUGGAAUGAUCUACUUUGUAGCAGGUACUUCUGUUAUUAUCUGGCCUCUGAUGUUUCAAGUAAUUAUUCCGUACUUCGGAUGGUUUGGAACAUUUUGUUUGAUUGGGAGUAUUUCGUUUAUUGGUUUUCUUACGUCAAUGGUUUUUCCUGAAAAACAUCACACACAACCAACAAAUCUGACAGUUUGUAAUGAAGAAAAAUAACAAGUCUUUUAUGGGACUGUUGUAUUACGGAAAUGAACCAAUCAUAGUCCGUAUCACUUCAUUAUUUACAGUCCAUACUUCUGAUUGGAUAUAUAAGAUGUAUUUAAAUAAAGAAGAUUAACUCUUGUGUUUUCCUUUCCUCCAUAAAGUUUAUUUAACUGUUGUCAUAGCAACGUGUGUUUUACUUUUGAUCCUAUUUGUUGUGGUUAUGGAAAUUA